CUCCGCCUUUCAAGGCUCGCGAGAGCCGCAGGCUCUGCCGCCCCGAGUAACGCUCGGUGCUGUCUUUACAGGAGCCCGCCGGAGGGCAGGAGGGAGGAUGGCAGCGGCAGGCGGGCGGCUGCUGACGGCGGCCGCGUCUUACUCGGCUCGGGCGCUCUGGAGCGGACCUCUCCGCAGCCCGGCUCUGCCGCUUGUACCCUGCCGGGGCGCCACCGUCACCCGCAGCGGCGCCAUCUUGCCUAAGCCGGUUAAGACGCCCUUCGCCCUCCUCAGAGUGUUCAGCGUUGUCAUCCCUUUCCUGUACGUCGGGACUCAGAUCAGUAAGAACUUUGCAGCCUUACUUGAAGAACAUGAUAUCUUUGUCCCAGAGGAUGAUGAUGACGAUGAUUAAAGGAACUGCAACAGAAGAACAGGAGGGGAGAAAACCAUUGACAAAGCAAUGGUUACAACAUUUGUCACCUGUGUUUUGCCCUUCCUAAACGGGACAGGGGCCUCUGUGUCCCCUUUGCCAGCAAGUGUCCUCUGCAUGUCUGUAUGACAGAAAUCUGUAGAUCCAGGUUGAAGGAAGUGCUUGAUAGGCCCUGCAUCCUUGCACACACGCUCACCUCACCAAAGACUGCUUGGGAUUCCUUUUAUUAGCAGUAUGGGAAACAAUUAAAGAUCAAGAGAUUGAGAAGCA